AUUUCCAAGAACAAAGUUUACCUAAGGUCAAAAAUAUAAAUGCUGAUGAAGUUGAGGAAGUGGAUUCUGUAGGUAAUCAACUAUCUGAAGUGACUAUGGCUGAUGCUGAUAUUCUUGAAAAUGGAAAUGACGAAGCUACACUGGAUACUGACCCCAGUAAAAUAGUGGAAGAAAAAAGGCCGGAGCUGAUUAAACCUUCCAGUGAUGGAAAAGCUGGUCCUGAGUUGGUUACAGGGAGUAGAAAGUUACAGAUGCGAGGAAGAUGGAGAGGGAUUGACCCAAUAUUAUUUUACCACGAGGAGGCAGCUGUGGGUCAGAUAAAGGCCUUCUAUGGCAUCAAGGAAUCCUUUCCAUUCAAAGGUCAUUUGAUUGUGAGGAAUACUGAUAUCGACCAUGUGAAAAGAGUUUAUUAUGUAUCUAAAUCUGUGAAAGAAGUUCUUGAACUCAAUUUUCUAGCUGGUGAGCAGCUCAAGAUCGCUGCUGUUGGGCUCAAGAUGUUUGAGCGGCAAAAAGAUGUUUCUACAGAAUGUGUAUUCCGCAUAACAUCUGAAGGAGUGCCAUUGCUGCUGCCACAUAUUACCAAAAAAAUAGUGUAUGCAUCUCCUGUAGAUUUCAAGCUUCUUUUGCAGUACAAGAGCAUUAAAUUUGGUGAUUUUGUGGAUGCUGAAUUUCGGGAAAAGGCUUCAAAGCUGCAGUUUGGUUGUUGUGCAGUGAUUUUGAAUAAAGACAAUAAGACCUUGUCGGAACCUCAAGUGGAUGCAUCAACUAUCGCUAUAGGAUGCUGGAGAGGCCGGAAUAGCAUCACAGUGAUGGUGAUUGCACUUGAUAUCCAAGAACUUCUAGAAAGGAUGUUGACGUAUUCGGAGGAGGAUUCAGAUUCCUUAUUGCUGGAAAACAAGCCAUUGAUUGCUGCUUGAGCAGAUUAAGCUAAAUUGAAAAUAUUGAAAAACAAUUGAGACAAGUUACAGGUAAACUAACAAUUUUGGAAGCUGUAAUAUGUGUACCAUUACAAGGAAAUUUGUAAUAUUUUGAUGUUUAUUUGUUGGUUUCUUCUGUUUAAGACAAUUUCUACAACUAUAGAUUUCAGAUGAAAAUGGAGGGAAGUGUCCUCUUUGUAAUCAAAAUAUUGAUGGAUCAAUACUCAACAAUAUUAGUCCAUUUCAAAAUAAA